UCAAAUCCCCCUCUUCAAUAUCUCUUUGUUCCUGUUUUUAGUGUUUUACGUCAUGGCCGCCGCUGAUGUUGAGUUCCGGUGCUUCGUCGGAGGGCUCGCAUGGGCCACCGACGACCGGGCCCUUGAAGAAGCCUUCAGUACCUUUGGUGAAAUUGUCGAAUCGAAGAUCAUCAAUGAUCGUGAGACUGGAAGAUCAAGAGGAUUCGGAUUCGUUACUUUCCGUGACGAGAAGGCUAUGAGGGACGCCAUCGAAGGAAUGAACGGUCAGAAUCUUGACGGAAGGAAUAUUACCGUCAACGAAGCUCAAUCACGCCGAAGCGGAGGAGGUGGCGGUGGUUUUGGAGGAGGAAACGGUGGAUACAACCGCGGUGGUGGAGACGGUGGUUAUGGAGGUCGACAAGGAGGAUAUGGCGGCGGUGGACACCGUGAAGGAGGUGGAUAUGGUAGCGGUGGAGGAUAUGGUGGUGGUGGAUAUGGAGGUGGUCGCCGUGAAGGAGGUUACGGAGGUGGUGGUUCCCGAUACUCAAGAGGAGGCGGUGACUCCGGCAACUGGAGAUCUUAAGUUUUAGGUUUAUGGUUGGGCUGUAGCCUCUAAAAUCGUGAUUAGGAAAUGUUAUGGUAGUAUUUUGAUUCGAUAUUGGC